AUGAUCUCGGCCUCUCUCCAACUUGCUCUGUUGGUUCUAUAUUGUUUCGCGCCCGAGGACCGCACAAAAGCGUCAAUUGCUGCUACCACAUUGAACUUGAUAGGAGCGCUUAUCCUGGGACCUAUCACCUAUGCAGAGCAUAGAAAGACCACACGCCCGUCAUUUCUGAUCAAUGGAUACUUCCUAGUAGCCAUUUUACUCGAUGGAACUCAAGUACGAUCUUUAUGGCUAGCCAAUGUGAAGGGAAGUAUCGUGGGGGUCUUUACGGCAACUUUCGUGAUGAGAGGAAUACAUAUGAUUGCGGAAUCCUUCCCCAAAACAAGAUGGCUCACUCAGGGGGAUGGUCAUAAGAGCAGCCCCGAGGAUUUUGCUGGGAUAAUAUCCAAAACUUUCUUCCUCUGGAUCAACCAACUUAUCCGCAUUGGCUAUGUGCGUGAUCUGAGUUUUCCAGAUCUCUUCCCUAUGCCAGCAGGUUUCUCAUCAGUAACCCUAGAACAGGACCUAUGGACUGUUUGGGAAAAGGCAUCCAAGACUGGAAAAUAUGUCCUUUUAUUGUCCACAUUCAGCGCUUUAAAGAUCCGUCUUCUAAGUCCACUCCUGCCCAGACUAUGUCUUAUCGCCUUGACACUCGUUCAGCCUUUACUGCUAAUUCAGAUGGUCAAGUACAUCAAUGCGCCUGACACACAAUCCGAGCGGAAUAUCGGCUAUGGUCUGCUUGGCGCUUACGCAGUCGUCUAUGUAGGAAUUGCUAUGUCUACAGCAUGGUAUUGGCAUCAAACGUAUCGAUUCAUUACUUGUGUGCGAGGAGCAUUGGUGGCGGUCAUUUACCGCAAAACCCUCGAUCUCAACGUCUCAGCAGUCAGCAAGUCUUCCGCGUUAACCAUCAUGAACGCCGAUAUCGAGAGAAUAGUAGGUGGUCUACGGAUGAUGAACGAAAUCUGGGCAAAUAUUGUCCAAGUUGCCUUUGCAGCCUGGCUGCUGGAACAACAAGUUGGCGUCGCUGUUGUUCCUUCUCUUGUCAUUGCAUCCGGAUGUGCUGCCCUUACCAUGAAAAUUGGAGCAUCUGCUGGUCAUCAGCAAGAAGUUUGGAUGGAGAUGAUCGAAAAGCGGGUUGGGAUAACUUCAAGUACCCUGUCUGCAAUGAAAGGCUUGAAGAUGUCUGGCCUGGCUGACAUAUUGAUAAAUCUGUUACAACGGUUGAGGGAGAAGGAGCUUAAAUCAGCUGCAAGGUAUAGGUGGUGGCAAAUCGGUGCAUUGAUGAUGGGAUUUACUCCCGUUAUUAUCUCACCCGUUCUCACAUUCGCAGUUUUCAUUGCGGUUGAUCACACACGCCACAUCACAUUGGAUGCCGGUCGGAUGUUCUCAGCCCUGUCGCUGCUUACAUUAAUCUCACAGCCAUUAAGCAUACUAUUCCAGUCCACACCAGAAUUGGCCUCGAUGAUCGCUUGCUUCCAACGAAUCCAGAAGUUUCUACUCACAGAGCCGAGACUGGAUUCGAGAAGAAUUGUAUGCUCCGCAGCGACCAUUCCAGCACUUGAGGAAAGCUCUGCCGCCGAAAAGAAUGAGCCUGCAGUAUCCAGCACUGCCAUUUCUAUAAAUAGCGCGACUUUCACUUGGCCCGACAGUGCACGCCCUGUGCUUGAAAAUAUCAGUCUUUCCAUUCCACGGCAAAAGCUGACCAUAAUAUUUGGGCCUGUUGGUUGUGGCAAAACCACUUUGCUCAACGCACUUCUCGGUGAGAUCUCGGCCUCAAAAGGUGAGGUUGUUGCCACGAGUGCUGACUUUGCAUAUUGUGAUCAAACGGCCUGGAUCAUGGAUGGAACCCUGAAGGACAACAUUGUAGCAUUUUCGGAUUUUGAUGAAAAGUGGUACCAGACUGUCCUCCAUACCUGUGCUCUUGACGAGGAUAUACUCCAUUUCCGUGAUGGAAAUGACACAAAGUUGGGCGAUCAAGGAGUGAAUCUGAGUGGUGGUCAGAAACAACGCGUGUCCCUCGCGCGAGCUAUCUUUGCAAGACGCGAAAUCAACAUUGUGGAUGACGUCCUGAGUGGUCUCGACGCUACUACGGAAGCCAAGAUUAUCCAGCGCUUGGUAGGACCAGAUGGCCUCUUACGAAAGAAUUCCAGUACUAUGAUACUGGCAACUCAUGCUGAACAGGGAUCAUACUCUGAUAUUUGUCAACACGACAGCUAUCUACCCCGGUCUAGUCCGUCCGAGACUCAUACCUCUACUACAGAAAUUGAAAAACAGGAAGCGUCGCCAAGUAUAGAUGAUAAUCCAGAGACUGAUAAAAAGCCACAGGUUGCUGUUUCCGAGACAAGGUCAAGUUUGGCGGCUACAGAGCCAAAGAAGACCACAAAUGUGAUGGUAUAUUAUAUGCUGUCCAUUGGGAAGUUCUCGUCUGUGGCUUAUGUGGUCAUUGCUGUUGCUUAUGCUUUCCUCUACUGCUUUCCAUAUAUUUGGGCUAAGUGGUGGACUGAUACCAAUGAGAGACACCCUGGGUAUCACGAAGCCAUUUACAUGGGGAUAUAUGCCCUCUUUCAGACUACUUGUCUUCUCCUUCUUGCCGUUCUGGGAUGGCAUGCUGUUAUCAACGUUGUUUCGUCUGCUGGUCUAUCCCUUCAUUGGACUGUUCUACAAACAACAUUCCGGGCACCAAUCUCUUACUUCCAGGAGACAAAUAUCGGGUCUCUUAUCAACAGGUUCAGUCAGGACAUGCAGCUUAUUGACUCGGAAUUACCCCUGGCUCUUUUGAAUAUAUUCUGUAGUGGCCUCAUCAUGGUUGGGCGGAUACUCAUUAUCAUGACUUCAUCGUACUGGGUGGCAAUCUCAUAUCCUGUUAUGUUCUUGGUCAUGUUCGUGCUCCAGAAGUUCAUGGAGUCUAUCGAAGGACUAGCUACAGUCCGCGCAUUCGGAUGGCAAGCAAAAUUCAUCGAGCAGAACCACCAAAACUUGACGAAGUCGCAGAUACCUUUCUACCUUUUGUUCUGCGUCCAAAGAUGGCUGGCAUUGGUAAUGGAAUGUUUGACUGCAGGAUUUGUUCUUCUUUUAAUCGGUCUUAUUAUUGGCUUGAAAGAUAAGAUCAGUGCAGGCUUCGCAGGCGUUGCUCUCUCCAGCGUGAUGAGCUUAAGUGGCAUGCUGACCGAUAUCAUCAUGGUAUGGACCGAGUUUGAGACUUCACUGACGUCGGUUGAGAGAGUCAGAGACUUCGAAGCUGAGACCCCGGUCGAGGCACUCCCUAUGGAGAAUAUAACCCCUCCUGGGAGCUGGCCGGAUCGGGGCCAUGUCGAAUUCAGGAAUCUUGCUGCCACGUACAAAAACGGUACCGCCACGGUCCUUCGCAACAUUACCUUAGAUAUCAAACCAGGGGAGAAAAUCGGAGUAUGCGGUCGGACCGGAAGUGGUAAAUCUUCCUUGAUGAUGGCAUUAUUUAAAAUGAUCGAUGUGGCUGAAGGGAGUAUUGUGAUUGACGACCUCGACACAUCGACUAUUCCAACCAAUACUGUUCGCACGGCAAUGAAUGCAAUCCCGCAAGAACCGUGCUUCUUACCAGGAUCCAUCCGAGAGAACAUGGACCCGCAUGGGUUAUCAGACGAUGAGAGUAUCCUUCGCGCGCUUUCCUCUGUUCAACUGUCAGACAUAAUUCAAAAGAAAGGAGGUCUCGACGCCGGAAUAGAGCAGGUCAAUUUGUCUCAUGGACAAAAGCAGUUGUUUUGUUUGGGGAGAGCGACGCUCAAGAAGUGCAAGAUAGUAGUACUUGACGAAGCCACAAGCAACAUUGAUAUCACUACGGACUGUCUAAUCCAGAAGGUCAUUCGAGAAAACUUCAAAGAAUGCACGGUGAUCACUAUUGCCCAUCGAUUGGAAACCAUCUUAGAUAGUGAUCGGAUUCUUCUGCUACACUAUGGAGAGGUUGUCGAAUUCGACACCCCUUCCAGCCUUCUUGGUCGGGCCUCGAAAUUUAAGACUUUCUAUGAGGCGGCUGGCAGUCAAUAA